UUUUUUUUCUCUCUUUGUCUUCCAAUUGAACAACAAUAUAAAGCGAUGGCGCCAGUGACAGUAUCAUCUAAUGGCAUAGGAGUGGCUCACUUACCUAACCAAAAGCAUAAGAUAGUCACCAACCGAGGGGUUAAUUUCACUAUCAUGGUGUGUGGUGAAUCUGGUGUUGGCAAGUCUACCUUUAUCAAUACUCUUUUUACAACCUCCAUUAAGGACUAUAAGUCUCCUGCUAAACGACAUGAAAAACAACUGGAUAGAACAGUCGAGAUAGAAAUCACAAAAGCUGAACUGGAGGAAAAGAUGUUCAAAGUGAAACUUAACGUAGUGGAUACCCCUGGUUUUGGUGACUACGUGAAUAACUAUGAUAGUUGGUUACCAGUGGUUGAAUUUUUGGAUGAUCAACAUGAAAGUUAUAUGCGUCAAGAGCAACAACCAGUACGGAAAGGUAUUAUUGAUAUGCGUGUGCAUGCUUGUUUAUACUUUAUCCGUCCUACAGGUCAUGGAUUAAAACCUUUGGAUAUUGAAAUGAUGAAACGACUUGGAUCAAGGGUGAAUUUGAUUCCAGUGAUUGCCAAAGCAGAUACAUUGACCCCCAAAGACUUGGCUACUUUUAAGCAACGUAUUCGAGAUGUGAUCAAGGCUCAAAACAUUCAAAUUUACACCUCUCCUGUGGAAAGCGAAGAUGAACAAGUGACCAGUCGAAAUCAAACCAUUUUGGAUGCCAUGCCAUUUUCCAUCAUUGGAUCAACACAAGACGUUAUUACUCCUGAUGGUCGUCAAGUCAAAGGUCGUGCUUACUCUUGGGGUGUGGCCGAAGUCGAAAAUGAACAACAUUGUGAUUUCAAGAAAUUGCGUAACUUGUUGAUUCGUUCUCAUAUGUUGGAUUUGAUCUCGACAACGGAAGAAACUCAUUAUGAAAAUUAUCGCCAACGUGAAAUGGCUAAUCGCAAGUUUGGUGAACCAAAAAUCAAAAAAUAUGAAAAUCCAAAACAUCGUGAAAAGGAAGAUGCUUUGCGCAAGGUAUUUACUGAACAAGUACGACAAGAAGAAAACCGAUUCCGUCAAUGGGAACAGCAGCUUAUCACGGAACGAGAUCGUCUUAACAAGGAUUUGGAAAGUCAACAUGCUCAAAUCAAGGCAUUGGAAGGUGAACUGGAACAACUUUACCAUUAUCAUCAGCAAGGUCGUGGAUCGAUCAGACGAUAAUUUGCCCCCCUCUACUUUUAUAUUUUUAUUAUUAUUGUUUUAUAUUCUAUAGUAUGUGAUAUUUCGUUCUAUUUAGUGACCCCUUUUUGAUUCCAUUUACUUAAUUGUUUUUUAUCCUUUAUAUUAUCUUUAUUGUUUUCUGAUUUUUUUUUUUUAUAUAUUUGAAAUAAAGCUUUUGUAUGCUCUAAUCGACAAUAUGGACAAUAAAUAUUUCAGAACGCAAUACACACAAAUGUAGAUUUAUAUAAAAAU